GUUGCAAUAAGCAACCAGUAUCCUAGGACAAUUGUGAGACAUUGUGCUUUUCAUAUUCGACAAAAUUUAAUAAAAAAAGUUAAACCAAAACUUCAAAGUAAAUGGGAUACUUUAAUUAAUGAUUUCUAUGUUAUGCGCAAUUCACUUACCAGUACAGCUUUUGAACGCUGUUGGACAACUUUAAUUAAUAAAUACCCAGAAUUUGGAGUUGAAUUGAGACUAAAAGAUGAAGCCAAAUAUUCACGAUGGCAAGAAUUUUGGAAUAUGAACCCUACUACUGGAAUCCCCGG